GAAGCAUCGCAAACUGUCAAAAACUGUAAAAGCGCAUUUCCCCUGCCCCCACCCCACCUUUAAUAUAAUUAAGGAACUCUCAGUUAGAAGCAGCAGCAGCAGUAGUAGUAAAUUAAGCCGUACCUCAUCUUCUUCAUCUAAUAUGGUUUCUAAUCAGCAACUCAUGGCAAACGCCAUGGGUGGGAAGAGUGCCAGGGCCUGCGACAGCUGCAUAAGAAAACGAGCCAGAUGGUAUUGCGCUGCCGACGACGCUUUCCUAUGUCAAUCAUGCGAUUCCUCUGUUCACUCUGCCAAUCCCUUAGCACGUCGACACGAAAGGGUUCGUCUUCAAGUUUCAUCUUCAAUCAAAUCCACUGAUCAACAGCUACUAGUACGGCCGCCGCCUCCACUGAAUAACAACUUGUUUAUACCCGCGUGGCAAAGAGGGAUGACCAAGAAACCUCGUACACCAAGACGUUAUAAUGGAAAGAAGUAUUGGCAGCAACUUCCUCUCGUGCCGGAAACAGAGGAGACGAAUUCGUUCGACGAAGGUAACAAUGAGGAGGAGGAGCAGAUGCUUUAUCGGGUCCCGGAAUUCGAUUCAGAGAUUUGCACGUCAAUGGAGGAGGUGUCGAAGAGUGAAUUCCUCGGUGAUAAUACUAUGCAGCAUGUUGGGUUUCUUCCAUCGGAGAUGGAAUUGGCAGAAUUUGCUGCGGAUGUUGAGACCCUGCUUGGGAAUGGGCUUGAAGAUGAGCCCUUUGAUAUGGAGGCUUUAGGCAUUUUGACUUAUAAAGAGAAAGAUUCAUCACUAUUAGUGAAAGUUGAAGAUGAUAAUUAUGAAGACGACGAGGACAAUGGAAAGAUUGUUCUUUUUGAUGAAGAACAAGAUUUAGAUGAUUUGGAGAUUAGUUUUGACUACGAUGAUACGUCGCCACCGGCGAUUUUUGAUGAUCACGAAGGCGGCGGCGAUACAAAGAUGGAGGUGAAAUUAGAGGAAGAAGAAAUGAGUAAAGAGAUGAAGAAGAUGAAGAAGAAUAGUAUGCAGAAGGUACUUUUGAGGCUUGAUUACGAAGAAGUUAUUAAGGCGUGGGAUGAUAAAAAGUCGCCGUGGACUUCUGGUGGGCGGCCGGAAUUGAACAGCAGCACCGAAUGUUGGCCGGAUUGCAUGGUAAGUAGUAAAAUUAAAGACAAAGGAAGAUGUGGAAUGGUUCAUCAGCAUCAGUACCCAUAUCAUCAUCAUAGUGGAAUGAUGGGCGGAGGAGGAGGAAGGAAUGGUAUUGCGGCUGACGAAGGGAGAGAAGCAAGAGUGUCGAGGUAUAGAGAGAAGAGACGGACACGGUUGUUUUCGAAGAAAAUAAGGUACGAGGUAAGGAAGUUGAACGCAGAGAAGAGGCCUCGGAUGAAGGGCCGAUUUGUCAAGAGAUCAAAUUUUGCUGCCACAGGACCUCCUACUGCUGCUGUCACUGCUUUCUCCAUUAAUGCUUCUUAACCAAAAACCCUCUCCCCGAUUGUAUCAUCAAUCAUGAUGAUGUCUUCUUCUUCUUCUUGUACCUAAUUGCAUCCUAUUAUUUAGAUCGAUUUUCCCAUCUCUGUAUUAAUUCGGGAUGUCUAGUCUUCCCUUUUCUCUCUCUCUCUCUUUUUUUUUUUCUUUUCUUUUACAUGUAAGUUUCUCUACAUGCUGAAUAAGAUUUUGAGAAAUCAACCUCAA